AUGGCCCCUGUCUGUGCGGUAUGUAGCCAAGACACGGUACAGGGGGCCGCAAAAAAAGGUGCAGAUGUAUGCACAGUAUGCAAGGCACUUGCAAUCAAUGAGGAACUUGAUGCGCCGUACGAUGCAGCUGCGACAGCUGCGCCGCCGUUCCCUACAGACGCAGAACGCCGCCUGCGCCACCACGUCUACGAUGCAGCAAGCGCCAAACUCGCAGGAGUGCGCCGGCAACAGGUUAGGGUAGUAUCUAUGAUGCACAGUGCCGCUUUGCGACUUGGGUAUGCGUACGCAGCAGAGCAGGCGUCUGCAUUAUUUCGGCACGCUCAAGAAUCGCUGCCUGCUCCGAUGCCUUGGGCUGCUGUCGGUGCCGCUGCGCUGUACGUGGUGCUACGCAAAGACGCGCGCAUUGUAGAUGUUGAUGCGGUCGCGAUUGCAUCGGAGGUUCCUGUGUCGCGCUUAGUACACACACUGCAGAUGCUUCGUACGAUCCCAGUGGCGUCGUUUGCUGGGAUAGUGAUAAACGACCCUGCGCUCUACCUUGGCACACAGCUGGCAUCGUUGCAGGACGCACUUGGGAAGUCGCCACGAGCCAUACCAGAAGCGCAUGCGAUCUGUGCCUUGGAUCCACAGCGGGUCGAGCACAUUGCGCUAGACCUCGCAAGAAUGUGCACUGCGUACCAACUUGCCUACCUCGAUCCCCAGCCAUUUGCCUAUGCGAUCCUGUUGCACGCCCUCGAAGGCACAGUAAAGGUUUCACUUCCAGUGCGUGCGCUUGCGGAGCUUGGGCCUUCGUGCAUCGAGCGCCGUAUCUCGGGGCAAUGUCUCGCUGCGCCGCCCUCCGGCAGUGUCUCGACGAUCCUUGCGCGCUACGCAGAAACGCAAAAAAUGCUCGCCGAGCAUGUGGCAUCACUGCCGUGGGUUGCAAACCGCGCUGUCCAGAAACGCGAGCGCGAUCGGACGCGCGGAAAGGCAUCGGUACGGCGAAGUGUAUCAAGACAAGAGGUAGCCUACUAUCUACAGGACGCGCUCGCAGUAUGGUCGCGUGCGCCGACAGUAGCCGGCGAACAGUGCUGGACACGGCGGUUUAAGUCGCAGAAAAUGCGCAUACGCACGUCUGCAAAGCCAGCGCCGUACCCGUCGUAUGCGGAACGCAUGCAGCUCACGGCUGCAGACAUUGAUACCCUUAGUGACACAGAAAUUGACGCGCGCCUGUUUGCGCCGCAGGAGCUCGAGAUGUACAUGCGCAGCGACACGGAGCGCGCGAUGAUCAGCACGCUCAAAGGAUGGGACGAGUCGGCCAGGCCAAGCGCGCGGAAACCUCCUCCAUCCCCACCACACAAAAUACGCAUUCGCGACGUGCCGCGCGAGUUAUUUACCCCGCUGGAUCUCGCAGCGCAGACGGAAGAGAACGAGUGGGACUAG